CAGAGCCAUGUCUGACAUCCUCGCUCACUGAAAAGAAGGAAGGACUGAUACAAAGCCAGUGCGACCGAGCAGAAGAGAUAGAGGGGAAGGAGGGAGGGAGGGCAGAGGGAAUAAAUGCAAAACGACCGGCAGAGAAAAAAGGGUUGAAAAAGAUGCACAAGAGCUGCAUCAGUUCUCGUCCGCAAGGAACAAAAAACAUUGUGUUCCUGAAUGGGAGCUGGUGAGCUCAAGCACAAGGCGAGUGCAAUGAGAAACCAGGCAGACUUCAGUCUCUGGUGUUGCUGAGCACCAAUCCUCUCUCCCUCUGUCUCUGUCUGUCACUCUCUGCCAGCCAGGACUGAGCCUUGUGUGCGACGUGGAGACGCCUCUGGUUGCUGCUUUCAGGGCUGCUCCCCUCCCUGCUGUCUCUGGCUGUGUUUGGGGCUAUGGUCCUGACUGAGAAGCAGAGCAUCACCCAGAUGCGGGGCUGUGACUGUAUGGGAGGUUAAGCCUGUAAACACCAGCAUGGGAGCCAAACAGAUGAAAUGUCUCAGCUCAGCCAGCCCUGCUCACUCCCCCAAAGAGGAGUAUGUUAUCACCCAGUCAGCUGACACCCCUAAAGAAGAAACACUCCAUGAUCAGUCUGAGGACCAGGGGGAACUUCAGGAUGACAAAUCUGAGCUGACAGAGAAGAAAUCUGUCACAGAGGAUGUGUCUCUGUGUGGAUUGUGUCCCUCCCUCGGGCACGAUGUGCAGGAGGAAGAGAAGUCCUGGGAGGAGCAGCUGGACGCCCACCAGGAGCAGCUGGAGAAGGAGAUGCAGGAGGCCAGGAGGAUGGUGUUCCGCCUACAGGCGCUGCUGCUCCACGGCUCCCUCCCUGAGGAGGACCAGGAUGGAUCUGUGAGCUUCGGAGAUAACCGGGCUAACGCUGAACAGCAGCUGGUUCUAAUCCGCAGUCGCCUGGACCAAAGCAUGGAAGAAGCCCUUGAUCUCAAGAGGGAACUCCUGAGAAACAAACAGGAGGCACGCCACCUUCAGGCCAUCAAGGAUGCUCUGCAGCAGCGUCUGGCAGUGCAGGAGGAUGCUGUGCUGCAGCUAAAGCAGGAACUACUGAGGUGCAACAUGGCCAAAGAUCAGCUGGAAGGGGAAAAUGCAGAGCUCAAACACAAGCUGAGUGAACGAAACAAAUUACUCAGUGAAUACGAGCAGCUUGGGAGGAAGGACAGGAUACUGCAGCAACAGCAGCAGAAGCUUGAUGAAGCUCAACAUAAAGCACAUGAAGUCAGUCUUGGACGGUCAUUCAGGAGUGAAAGUGGUGGUUACAGUAACUCGGUGGCUUCGACAUCUCCUGCAGUAUUCCAACACAGUGCACCAGGGGAAGAGCUGCAGCUGGUCAGGGAAGCACUGCGUAGCCUGAGGGACAGCUUUUCUGGCCAUGACCCCCAACAUCACACCCUGGACACCUUGGAGCAGGGUGUGGCCAGCCUCAUGGACAGAUUGCACACUUUGGACAGCCAGCGCAGACAGGACAGAGGGGAGGAAUUUAAAUCACCGGGACGCAGAGCCAACUCGACAGACCGUGACUCCUGGCCGCAAAGCUCAAAAAUGGCCCACUCACACAGCAGCCCAGGACUGGACACCGCCGUUUCCACUAAAGUGCUCUACUUCACUGAUCGCUCGCUCACUCCAUUUCUGAUUAACAUCCCAAAAAGGCUGGGUGAGGUGACACUGCGAGACUUCAAGGCCGCUGUGGACAGACAGGGCAGUUUCAGAUACCACUUCAAGGCCCUCGACCCAGAGUUUGGCACAGUGAAAGAGGAGGUAUUCCAGGACGGAGCAGUCGUGCCUGGCUGGGAGGGGAAGAUUGUAGCGUGGGUAGAGGAGGACCACGGAGAAAGGAGGUAGAGCCCAAAAAAAACCACAGAUCACCACUACAAACCUCAGUUGUUCCCACUGGACCAGGAUUUCACUGAAAAUACUUGUGAUACCAUAAAUCGAGACACCCCAGGUGACAUGGAUGCACUGGUCAAUUUUGAGAUUUUGGGCUUUUUUGAUUUUAUGUCUUAUUUCAGACUAGUGGAAGGAAAACAUCCCAAAAAAUGUUUUAGUUCAGAUUUCUAUUCUGUGAUGUAUGCAAAAAGCACAUAUUUAAUUAGAUCAUGUCUAAUUUGCAUAUUUAAACAUAAAAAUUCAGAAAACUGGUCGUACAAAAAAAUAAUUGUCUUAAUAUAAGAAAACGGGACGUUUCAUGGUGAUAUCUAUUAUUUAAAUUUUCACCCUGGUGUCGUGUCUUUGUUUAAAAAUGUAUGGAAUUUUAAAUACUUGUCUUUAAAGGCCAUUUUCUCAAAAGGAGUUUUUCUCACACUCUGAGCCAAAAACUCUUAACCUCAGUCGCACUUACAUACACCAAAAUUUCCUGUUUUGUUCCUCUCUAUAUUAUUUAAGGUUUUAACAGAGGGGGGUUAUUAAUAUAUCAUUCAUAGCCUGAUAUAUAGAACAUUUUAUUCCUAAAAACAGGGUGAUAGUAGAUUUUUUAAUGGCUGUUGACAGUGCUUUCAGAUUUAUGGAUGGAUAAAAAGAAUUCCCUCUGUAAAAACCUUUGACUUUAAAAGGAAAAAAUGGAUUUUGAAGCUGGCUUUAUCCAAUGUUAAGGUUUUUGUACUGGAAAUGUACACAUAUCAAUGAAUAUUUAAUUACAUAAUGCCUCAUUUGCAUAAUAACAUUUCAGAACUUGUAUUAAAAGAGAUAAUUGUCUUACUGUAAGUAAUCAACUGGGGAGGUUUCAUGGUGAUGAGUAGAAAAUGUUCACCUGGGGUGUCUCCCUGUAAUAGAGAAAAGUUAUAAUACAGCUAACUGGGACCAAUGGAUCUUACAUUGUUUCGAUACAAAACCAUGUUUUAAAAGUGAAUGUUUCAUAAGAAGAAUUUGACUUGACAUUUGGGUGCCACAUUAUUUUUAAGGGAUGGAUAUUAGACAUUGUUUGCAGCUCAUGAAUUAAUAUGUGCGACUGCCAAUUAAUGGUCAGUAAUGUGAUACUUGAAACUGAAAUAUAAAAUAAAGCCAACGUGAUUUACGAUGAAUAACCCGAACUGUGCUCCAUAAAGCUGUAAUCCAUGCAUAGUAUGCAAACCUUAAAAUAAAAGUGUUUACUGACAUUUUUCACACGUUCCAGAUUGCCAAACAGUGAU